AUGUCAAUUUUGAACGUUGUUAGCCGCUCGGGCGCUGCUGUGCGCAAGACUGCUUUCUCGACCGUCUUCAACCGCACCAAGGCAACCUUGACCGACCUAAAGUACGAUUUCGGCGCCCUCGAGCCCCACAUCUCUGGACAGAUCAACGAGCUGCACUACACCAAGCACCACCAGACCUACGCCAACAACUAUAACAACUUCAUUGGCGAGUUCCAGGAGGCCGUCAAGACGAACGAUCUUGCUGCCCAGGAGCAUUUGCUGCCUCUGCUCAACUUCAACGCCGGCGGUGUGAUCAACCACAACCUCUGGUGGAACAAUUUGGCUCCCCAGAAAGACGGUGGUGGUGAGCCUCCUGCCUCCGAUUCUGCUUUGGCCAAGGCCAUUGAGUCCAAGUACGGCCAGCUCUCCACGCUGACUGACCUUGUCAACACCAAGCUGGCGGGUGUCCAGGGCUCGGGUUGGGCCUGGAUCGUCAAGGACAAGGCCACCAACACCCUCGACGUCCUUACUACUGCCAACCAGGACAUCGUUCCCAAGGGCUAUGUGCCUAUUGUUGGUGUCGACGCCUGGGAGCACGCUUACUACCUGCAGUACAAGAACGUCAAGGUUGACUACUUCAAGGCCGUCUGGAACGUGGUCAAUUGGCAGGAGGCCGUUCGCCGCUUUGACGCUUAA